CAAGUCAAUCCACGACGACGACGACGAGAUCCCUCCCCCACAGCGAAAAGAACAUCAUCCUCCAUUCGACGACGACUGCCAGCAAUCAUGUCCCAACCAUCCCUCGCGCCCUACGUGCUCAAGCGCCCCUUCCUCCAGCGCUUCCUCACCCCCUUCGCCAACUGGUACGCCAAUGCCGCCGGCUACAGAAAGCUCGGGUUGAGAGCCGAUGACCUCAUCCCCGAGGAGUCCGACGUCGUUCUCCAGGCCAUCAAGCGUCUCCCGCCCAAGGAGUCCUAUGACCGCGUUUUCCGCCUCCGCCGCGCUUUCCAGUGCUCGCUCUCUCACCAGCUGUUGCCAAAGGAGCAGCAGACUCCCCCCGAGGAGGAUACCCCAUACCUCUCGCCCAUCAUCCGCGAGAUCGAGGCUGAGCUGAAGGAGCGCGAUGAUUUGGAUUCGCUGGUUGUGAAGCGCCGUUAAGUGUGUGGAGAGGAGGAGAGAAGUGUAUAAAGGAAAUAGAAGGGGUGUUUUUGGAUGGGGAGGGUUAGAGGAGAGGCUGGCACUGUGGUGGAGGCCAGUGUUGUAUUGUAUCGGGUUGAUCAGAGAGAUUUUGAAGAUAUAGAUGAAUCAAACGAUGUCGUUACAGAGUGGAUGGAGUCGUGUGUGGGGGGGGGGGUGACUGGUGCGUGAUGUUUGUUAACAUGUGUUGUCUGGCUCACAUGACGCAUUGGUAUAUGGGAUCACGUCCUAUAACUAAACAGUGUUUACUCUAUAAUCUAUUUCCUGUAAGGAUGCUGGCCUUCAGUGACAAUAUUUAUAUUUUUGUUACAGCUCGACAGCAAUGCUUACGAAUUCCAGCAAUCUCAUUGGCUUUUGCCGCCAAGGAGACACUGCCCAUAUAUACAAUCUACAAAAAGUCACAAAUGAG